CCAGGGCUGACCGGAAGUGUACACGCGGCCAUGUUGGUUGCCAGGUUACUACAGGAAGGCCAGUGCCAGCUGGGCGGUCCCGCCGGCUUCCCAGAGGCCUCUGCUGCCUGCUCGCCCCGCCCUCCCCGGCGAGUCGUCUCGCGAGACCCUGGCCGUGCGGAAGCGUGGUGCGGGGAGGCCGCAUGUGGUGGCGCCUGGGAGUGAGGUAAGGUCUGGACGACGAUGGAGUACCUGCCGGAGUCCACCGACCGCAGCCCCGGACACAUCUUGUGCUGUGAAUGUGGUGUCCCGAUUAGUCCAAAUCCUGCCAAUAUUUGUGUGGCUUGUUUGCGAAGUAAAGUGGAUAUCAGCCAAGGUAUUCCGAAACAAGUUUCAAUUUCUUUCUGCAAGCAGUGUCAAAGAUAUUUCCAGCCACCAGGAACCUGGAUACAGUGUGGUUUAGAAUCCAGGGAACUUCUUGCUUUGUGUUUAAAAAAAAUCAAAGCCCCUUUGAGUAAGGUACGGCUUGUAGAUGCAGGCUUCGUUUGGACUGAGCCCCAUUCUAAGAGACUUAAAGUUAAGUUGACUAUUCAGAAAGAGGUGAUGAAUGGUGCCAUCCUUCAGCAAGUGUUUGUGGUGGAUUAUGUUGUUCAGUCCCAGAUGUGUGGAGAUUGCCACAGAGUCGAAGCCAAGGACUUCUGGAAGGCUGUGGUUCAAGUCAGGCAGAAGACUUUGCACAAGAAGACUUUCUACUAUCUGGAACAGUUGAUCCUGAAAUAUGGAAUGCAUCAAAAUACACUUCGUAUCAAAGAGAUUCAUGAUGGUCUGGAUUUCUAUUACUCCUCCAAACAGCAUGCCCAGAAGAUGGUGGAGUUUCUUCAGUGUACAGUCCCCUGUAGAUACAAAGCCUCACAAAGAUUGAUAUCUCAGGACAUCCAUAGUAACACAUACAAUUACAAAAGCACUUUUUCUGUGGAAAUUGUUCCAAUAUGCAAGGAUAAUGUUGUCUGCCUGUCUCCAAAGUUGGCACAAAGUCUGGGAAACAUGAGCCAAAUCUGUGUGUGUGUUCGAGUAACUAGUGCCAUCCACCUCAUAGAUCCAAACACUCUGCAAGUUGCAGAUGUUGAUGGCAGCACUUUCUGGAGUCAUCCUUUCAAUAGCUUGUGCCAUCCCAAACAGCUCGAGGAGUUUAUUGUGAUGGAAUGCAGCAUAGUCCGAGAUCUGAAACGUAGUGCUGGCGCUGGAAUGAUAUCAAAAAAGCAUACGCUUGGGGAAGUCUGGGUACAGAAAACAUCUGAAAUGAAUACAGAUAAACAGUAUUUUUGUCGCACUCAUUUGGGACAUCUUUUAAAUCCUGGAGACCUGGUGUUGGGAUUUGAUUUGGCCAACUGUAAUUUAAAUGAUGAACAUGUUAACAAAAUGAACUCAGAUAAAGUUCCAGAUGUGGUGCUAAUCAAGAAGAGCUACGAUCGUAGCAAACGCCAGCGGCGCAGGAACUGGAAGCUGAGAGAGCUGACGAAGGAGAGAGAAAACAUGGACACGGAUGAUGAAAGGCAAUACCAAGAUUUUCUUGAAGAUCUUGAAGAAGAUGAGGCAAUUAGGAAAAAUGUCAACAUUUACAGAGAUUCAACCAUUCCUGUGGAAAGUGACACAGAUGAUGAGGGAGCACCUCGGAUUAGUCUGGCUGAGAUGCUUGAAGACCUCCAUAUUUCCCAUGAUGCCACUGGUGAAGAAGGUGCAUCAAUGAUGACAUAAUAGAUUAUGUUGUAUUCUGCUUCUGUAUCGACUCAGGAAACUGGAGAAAAUAGCCUUCACUGUAUACUCUGUUUUUGCCUCAAUACUCUGAGAUGAGAAGUUUAAUUUUAAUUUUAAAGCUAAGUAAAUAUUGAAUUUUGUUUGCUCA